GGUUUCCACUUCCCGUUUGAGCGACGUCGACAUCUUCGACUGAAAGCUCCCGCGGCUGACGGCCCCGAGCAAGGGGGAGAGAGAGGAUGGAGAGGACGGGAGAUGGGCGUUCCCUGAGGAUUCUCUGCCCAAAACUGAAGGCCGUGUUGAGGGAACCUGGCCUCCAGUGGUUGAUCGGUUCGCCGGCGCUGCCUUUCACCGUCGUGUCCUCCGUCCGAUGCCUCCACACUCUCCAGGAGGGACCUUUCUGCCCCGAUUACGAAGCAGAAGCCGAUGAUCUUAGGUCACUGCUGCCAAGAGGCUUUAAUGUUAUUGGAGCUAUUUAUCUCAGUGAUACGAAUUGGGAAAUCAAUGCUCGUAAAGCAGCAGCAGCUUCUGCUGAAAUAAGCCGAAUCCUAUGCCGGGGUGAUGGUAUCUCUAGCACGAUAGGAGCAGCUGGUGACCUCAAUUCUAAGGAGAUACACUAUUUUAUUGCGAACAGCAGCGAUUCCAUGGAGCCAGUUGUUUCUCUUACUUUCGAAGAGAAUCCUGAAAACUCUUUAUGGGAAAUAGGAUGCCUCCUAAGGGCCGAGGUGGAAAUGAAGUUGCCCAUAUAUUUUUCCACGACUAGACCAUCAGACAUGGAGCAGAUUUUAUUCCCUACUGUCGAUGGGAUUAUUGAACAGCUAAGAAGUCCUUCAGUCGUGUAUAUGGUGAAAGCUUCAAAUGGUUCAUGUGAAGCAGGCUACAUCAAUGUGCUGCGCUUUUCUGAGUUGGAUUUUAGCGCAGAUGGAUUCCAUGUUAAACAUUUGGAGAAUGCUAAUGAAGGAAUACGAUCAGAAAGGCAAUUAUGUUCGUACUUUUGCUCAAGGAGAGAUUCUGGAUCGGCAUGUAGGUUACAAGAGGUUACACAACCAAUACAAGUCAAGAUAUUCUUUAAUCAAUCUAAAAAGAUGGUAAAGCCUGCUGCACCUGUUGCUGAAUUCUUUCCAGCUGAUGGUCCUGCCGGGCAGGUCAUGUUGAAUGUCAAUCUUGACAUUCUAGGUUAUGCAUCAAAGGGCCUCCCUGUUGCAGCAGCCGUUUCAAAAAUUGUUAUCCCUGGUUUGAUUGACCAGCUGAUUGUGUUGAGAAGCAAGUUUGUGGGAGAUAUCACAUCAGAGCCGCACCAGUUCUGUCCAUAUCACUUCUUGCCUCCUGGAUUUCUUCACCCAGUUACAGCUAUUUAUGAACUUAGUUAUGGGGAGACAGAGAGAAAACAAGUUGAACUCAGAAGACAACUGCACCUAAGGCUUGGUUUACCUAUGGAUCGCCCGCUUCUUAGAGUUGCAAAUGCCCUUGCUUUUGUUGUUGAAGCCGAUUUAUUUGGGGAUAAGAAGUUAAGGAAAGCAGACUCCAAUAGACUCAGAGAUGUUCACAGUGGGAUGCCAAGUAGUGGUGUUUCUGGGGGUUUACUAUCAUUGGUUGAUGGUUCAUAUGAAUACUACCAUUACCUUCAAGAUGGCAUAAAUGACAAUGGAUGGGGCUGUGCUUACCGAUCAUUGCAGACUAUAAUUUCAUGGUUUAAGUUGCAACAUUACACAUCUUUGAAUGUCCCUUCUCAUAGGGAGAUUCAACAAGCUCUUGUAGAAAUUGGCGAUAAGGAACUCUCUUUUAUUGGAUCAAGUGAGUGGAUUGGUGCAAUUGAGUUAAGCUAUGUCCUUGACAAACUUUUGGGUGUAACUUGCAAGAUUAUAAAUGUCAGAUCUGGUUCUGAGCUUCCUGAGAAAUGUAGAGAGCUGGCUUUGCAUUUUGAAACACAGGGAACUCCUGUCAUGAUUGGAGGUGGUGUUCUUGCCUAUACUCUCCUGGGAGUUGAUUACAACGACCAAACUGGGGACUGUGCUUUCCUUAUCCUAGAUCCCCACUAUACCGGGAAAGAUGAGAUCAAAAGCAUUUUAAAUGGUGGAUGGUGCGGCUGGAAGAAGGCUGUUGACAGUAAAGGCAAGCACUUCUUUUUGCACGACAAGUUUUACAACUUAUUACUUCCACAAAGGCCCAAUAUGGUGUAAGGAUCCUGCUGUGUAAUAUCAUGCAAUGCAGCAAUUCAAACAGCCUUUACAUCAGGCUUCUUCUGAAAAAUUUUGUCGACAUGUGGCUUCAUGAAUUGAAAGAUCAGACGGUCGAAGCAGGCAAGCGGUUCAGUUCAAAUAUUUUGGCAAACUUGCAAGGAUAAUCAAGUCUGAUAUUUAAUAUAAAUUGAUUACUGA